AGUGUAACUUUAGGAAAUUUCUUACAAACUUUUCGGAAACCAAUUACCAAUGACCAUAGAAUGAUAAAUACUUACAUGAAAACAACUUGGGGCAUAAUAUUUCUGGUAUCGGCCAUUCAAGAUGACUUCGUUUUGGCUGCUACAACUACACCACAAAUAGAUACGACUUAUUUACCAACUUCUAACAUAACAACGCAGACUGAUACUACAGCAUCAGAUCAAACUGUUACCACUGAAGCUCCUACAAUAACUGAACAGGUUACCAUAACAACACAGACUGAUACUACAGCAUCAGAUCAAACUGUUACCACAAAAGUUCCUACAACAACUGAACAGGUUACCAUAACAACACAGACUGAUACUACAGCAUCAGAUCAAACUGUUACCACAAAAGUUCCUACAACAACUGAACAGGUUAACACAACAACGCAGACUGAUACUACAGCAUCAGAUCAAACUGUUACCACUGAAGUUCCUACAACAACUGAACAGGUUAACAUAACAACGCAGACUGCUACUACAGCAUCAGAACAAACUGUAACUACUGACGUUCCAACCACAAUAGAACAGGUUAACAUAACAACACAGCCUACAACGUUAACAUCAGAACCAAUAGUUACAACCGAAGAUCCUACCACAACAGUUCCAACUGCAGAACAAACAACAACUGUAGAUCAAAUAACCACUGAAGCUCUUACUACAACUGAUGAACAAACUACAACAUCAGAUCAAACAACCACUGUAGCUCUAACUACUACUGCAGAACAAACAAUCACUGAAGCUCAAACUACAACUGCAGAUCAAACUACAACAGUAGAUCAAACAACAACUGCAGCUCAAACCACAACUGAGGAACAAACAACAACAGUAGAUCAAACAAUCACUGCAGCUCAAACAACAUCUGUAGAACCAACUACAACAGUAGAUCAAUCUACCACUGAGCCUUUAACUUCACCUGUAGAACUAACAACAACAGUGAGUAAAACAACUACUGUAGCUCUAACUACUACUGCAGAACAAACAACCACCGAAGCUCUAACUACAACAUUAGAUCAAACAACAACAGUAGAUAAAAAAACAACAGAAGAUCAAACAACCACCGAAGCACCAACUACAACUGUAGAACAAACAACAACUGCAGAACAAACAACAACUGUAGAGCAAACUGCAACUGUAGCUCAAACCACAACUGCAAAACGAACUACAACAGUAGAUCAAACAACCACUGAAGCUCCAACUACAACUUCAAAACAAACUACAACAUUGGAUCAAACAACAACCGAUUCACCAACUACAACUGUAGAUCAAACAACCAAUGAGCCUCUAACUUCAACUGCAGAACAAACAACAACAGUAGAUCAAACAACAGUCGAUCAAACAACCACUGAAGCUCUUACUACAACUGCAAAACAAACAACAACAGUAGAUCAAACAACCACUGAAGCUCCAACAACAACUGCAGAACAAACAACAACAGUAGAUCAAACAACAACUGAAGCUCUUACUUCAACUUCAGAACAAACAACAACAGUAGAUCGAACAACCACUGAAGCUCCAACUACACUUGUAGAACAAACUACAACUAUAGAUCAGACAACCACUGAGCCUCUUACUACAACUGUUGAACAAACAACAUCAGUAGAUCAAACAACCACUGAAGCUCCAACUACAACUGAUGAACAAACAACAACUGCAGAACAAACUACAACUGUAGAUCAAAUAUCCACUAAGCCUCUCACUACAACUGCAGAACAAACAACAACAGUGAGUCAAACAACGACUGAAGCUCUUACUUCAACUGCAGAACAAACUACAACUGCAGAACAAACUACAACUGUAGAUCAAACAACUGUAGAUCAAACAACCACUGAGCCUCUAACUACAACUGUAGAACAAACAACAACAGUAAUUCAAACCACUACCGAGCCUCUAACUACAACCGAAGACCAAACAUCAACAGUAGAUCAAACAACCACUGAAGCUCUAACCACAACUGCUGAACAAACAACAACAGCUAGUCAAACAACCACUGAAACUAUUUCUUCAACUGCUGAUCAAACUUCAACUGUAGAUCAAACAACCAUUGAAGCUCUUACUUCAACUUCAAAAGAAACAACAACAGUAGAUCAAACAACCACGGAAGUUCCAACAACAACUGUAAAACAAACUACAACUGCAGAUCAGACAACCACUGAGUCUUUAACUACAACUGCAGAACAGAUUACAACUGUAGAUCAAACAACUCCUGAAGCUCUUACCUCAACUUCAAAACAAACUAAAACUGUAGACCAAAAAACCACUGAAGCUCUAACUACAACAGCAGAACAAACUUCAACUGUCGAUCAAACAACCAGCGAAGCACCAACUACAACUGCAGAACAAACAACAACAGUAGAUCAAACAACCACUGAAGCUCUUAGUUCAACUUCAGAACAAACAACAACAGUAGAUCGAACAACCACUGAAGCUCCAACUACAACUGUAGAACAAACUACAACUGCAGAACAAACUACAACUGUAGAUCAAACAACUGUAGAUCAAACAACUGUAGACCAAACAACCACUGAGCCUCUAACUACAACUGUAGAACAAACAACAACAGUAAUUCAAACCACUACCGAGCCUCUAACUACAACGGAAGAACAGACAUCAACAGUAGACCAAACAACCACUGAAGCUCUAACAACAACUGCUGAACAAACAACAAAAGCUAGUCAAACAACCACUAUAACUCUUUCUUCAACUGCUGAUCAAACUUCAACUGUAGAUCAAACAACCAUUGAAGCUCUUACUUCAACUUCAAAAGAAACAACAACAGUAGAUCAAACAACCACGGAAGCUCCAACUACAACUGCAGAUCAAACUUCAACUGUCGAUCAAACAACCAGCGAAGCACCAACUACAACUGCAGAACAAACUACAACUGCAGAACAAACAACAACAGUAGAUCAAACAACCACUGAAGCUCUAACUUCAACUUCAGAACAAACAACAACAGUAGAUCGAACAACCACUGAAGCUCCAACUACAACUGUAGAACAAACUACAACUGUAGAUCAGACAACCACUGAGCCUCUUACUACAACUGUUGAACAAACAACUACAGUAGAUCAAACAACCACUGAAGCUCCAACUACAAGUGAUGAACAAACAACAACUGCAGAACAAACUACAACUGUAGAUCAAAUAUCCACUGAGCCUCUUACUACAACUGCAGAACAAACAACAACAGUCAGUCAAACAACCACUGAAGCUCUUACUUCAACUGCAGAACAAACUACAACUGCAGUACAAACUACAACUGUUGAUCAAACAACUGUAGAUCAAACUACUGUAGACAAAACAACCACUCAGCCUCUAACUACAACUGUAGCACAAACAACAACAGUAAUUCAAACCACUACCGAGCCUCUAACUACAACCGAAGAACAAACAUCAACAGUAGACCAAACAACCACUGAAGCUCCAACUAUAACUAAUGAACAAACAACAACAGAAGAUCAAACAACAACUGAAGCUCCAACUACAACUGAUGAACGAACAACAACAGUAGAUCAAACAACUACUGAAGCUCCAACUACAACUGAUGAACAAACAACAACAGUAGAUCAAACAACUACUGAAGCUCUAACUUCAACUUCAGAACAAACAACAACAGCUAGUCAAUCAACCACUAUAACUCUUUCUUCAACUGCUGAUCAAACUUCAACUGUAGAUCAAACAACCAUUGAAGCUCUUACUUCAACUUCAAAAGAAACAACAACAGUAGAUCAAACAACCACGGAAGCUCCAACUACAACUGCAGAUCAAACUUCAACUGUCGAUCAAACAACCAGCGAAGCACCAACUACAACUGCAGAACAAACUACAACUGCAGAACAAACAACAACAGUAGAUCAAACAACCACUGAAGCUCUAACUUCAACUUCAGAACAAACAACAACAGUAGAUCGAACAACCACUGAAGCUCCAACUACAACUGUAGAACAAACUACAACUGUAGAUCAGACAACCACUGAGCCUCUUACUACAACUGUUGAACAAACAACUACAGUAGAUCAAACAACCACUGAAGCUCCAACUACAAGUGAUGAACAAACAACAACUGCAGAACAAACUACAACUGUAGAUCAAAUAUCCACUGAGCCUCUUACUACAACUGCAGAACAAACAACAACAGUCAGUCAAACAACCACUGAAGCUCUUACUUCAACUGCAGAACAAACUACAACUGCAGUACAAACUACAACUGUUGAUCAAACAACUGUAGAUCAAACUACUGUAGACAAAACAACCACUCAGCCUCUAACUACAACUGUAGCACAAACAACAACAGUAAUUCAAACCACUACCGAGCCUCUAACUACAACCGAAGAACAAACAUCAACAGUAGACCAAACAACCACUGAAGCUCUAACAACAACUGCUGAACAAACAACAACAGCUAGUCAAACAACCACUGUAACUCUUUCUUCAACUGCUGAUCAAACUUCAACUGUAGAUCAAACAACCAUUGAAGUUCUUACUUCAACUUCAAAAGAAACAACAACAGUAGAUCAAACAACCACGGAAGCUCCAACUACAACUGUAAAACAAACUACAACUGCAGAUCAGACAACCACUGAGACUUUAACUACAACUGCAGAACAGACUACAACAGUAAUUCAAACCACUACCGAGCCUCUAACUACAACGGAAGAACAAACAUCAACAGUAGACCAAACAACCACUGAAGCUCUAACAACAACUGCUGAACAAACAACAACAGCUAGUCAAUCAACCACUAUAACUCUUUCUUCAACUGCUGAUCAAACUUCAACUGUAGAUCAAACAACCAUUGAAGCUCUUACUUCAACUUCAAAAGAAACAACAACAGUAGAUCAAACAACCACGGAAGCUCCAACUACAACUGCAGAUCAAACUUCAACUGUCGAUCAAACAACCAGCAAAGCACUGACUACAACUGCAGAACAAACUACAACUGCAGAACAAACAACAACAGUAGAUCAAACAACCACUGAAGCUCUUACUUCAACUUCAGAACAAACAACAACAGUAGAUCGAACAACCACUGAAGCUCCAACUACAACUGAAGAACAAACUACAACUGUAGAUCAGACAACCACUGAGCCUCUUACUACAACUGUUGAACAAACAACUACAGUAGAUCAAACAACCACUGAAGCUCCAACUACAAGUGAUGAACAAACAACAACUGCAGAACAAACUACAACUGUAGAUCAAAUAUCCACUGAGCCUCUUACUACAACUGCAGAACAAACAACAACAAUCAGUCAAACAACCACUGAAGCUCUUAUUUCAACUGCAGAACAAACUACAACUGCAGUACAAACUACAACUGUUGAUCAAACAACCAUUGAAGUUCUUACUUCAACUUCAGAACAAACAACAACAGUAGAUCAAACAACCACGGAAGCUCCAACUACAACUGUAAAACAAACUACAACUGCAGAUCAGACAACCACUGAGUCUUUAAUUACAACUGCAGUACAGACUACAACUGUAGAUCAAACAACUCCUGAAGCUCUUACAUCAACUUCAAAACAAACUUCAACUGUAGACCAAACAACCACUGAAGCUCUAACUACAACUGCAGAACAAACUUCAACUGUCGAUCAUACAACAAGCGAAGCUCCAACUACAACUGCAGAACAAACAACAACUGCAGAACAAACAACAACAGUAGAUCAAACAACCACUGAAGCUCUUACUUCGACUAUAGACCAAACAACCACCGAAGCUCCAACUACAACUGCAAGACAAACAACAACAGUAGAUCGAACAACAACUGAAGCUCCAACUACAACUGAAGAACAAUCUACAACUGUAGAUCAGACAACCACUAAGCUUUCAACUACAACUGUAGGACAAAUGACAACAGCGAGUCAAACAAUCACUGAAGCUCUUACUACAACUGCAGAACAAACUACAACUGCUGAACAAACAACAACAGUUGAUCAAAAAACCACUGAAACUGUUACUUCAACUAUAGACCAAACAACCACUGAAGCUCCAACAACAACUGCAAUAAAAACAACAACAGAAGAUCAAACAACAACUGAAGCUCCAACUACAACUGAUGAACAAACAACAACAGUAGAUCAAACAACUACUGAAGCUCUUACUUCAACUUCAGAACAAACAACAACAGUAGAUCAAACAACCACUGAAGCUCUAACUUCAACUUCAGAACAAACAACAACAGUAGAUCAAACAACCACUGAAGCUCCAACUACAACUGCAGAACAAACAACAACAGCAGAUCAAACAACCACUGGAGCUCCAACUACCACUGUAGAUCAGACAACCACUGAAGCUCCAACUACAACUAAUGAACAAACAACUACAGUAGAUCAAACAACCACUGAAGGUCAAACUACAACUGAUGAACACACAACAACAGUAGAUCAAACAACCACUGAAGCUCCAACUUCAACUUCAGAACAAACAACAACAACAGUAGAUCGAACAACCACUGAAGCUCUUACUACAACUGUAGAACAAAUUAUUUCUGUAGAACAGACAACCACUGAGCCUCUAACUACAACUGUAGGACAAACAACAUCAGCGAGUCAAACAACCACUGAAGCUCAUACUACAACUGCAGAACAAACUUCAACUGCAGAACAAACUACAACUGCAGAUCAAAUAUCCACUGAAGCUCUUACUUCAACAGCAUUACAAACUUCAACUGUUGAUCAAACAACCACUGCAGCUCCAACUACCGAGCCUGUAAUUACAACCGAAGACCAAACAUCAACAGUAGAUCAAACAACCACUGAAGCUCUAACUACAACUACUGAAAAAACAACAAUUGAUCAAAAAACCACUGAAACUGUUACUUCAGUUGCCGAACAAACUUCAACUAUAGACCAAACAACCACUGAAGCUCCAACUACAACUGCAAAACAAACAACAACAGUAGAUCAAACAACCACUAGAGCUCUUACUUCAACUUCAGAACAAACAACAACGAUAGAUCAAACAACCACUGAAGCUCUUACUUCAACUUCAGAACAAACAACAACGAUAGAUCAAACAACCACUGAAGCUCCAACUACAACUGAUGAACAAACAACAAUAGAUCAAACAACUACUGAAGCCCCAACUUCAAUUGCAGAACAAACAACAGUAGAUCAAACAACCACUGAAGCUUUAACUACAACUGUAGAACAAUCUACAACUGUAGAUCAGACAACCACUGAAGCUCCAACUACAACUGGUGAACAAACAACAACAGUAGAUCAAACAACCACUGAAGCUCUUACUACAACUGCAGAACAAGCUACAACUGAGGAUCAAACAACCACUGAAGCUCUUACUACGACUGCAGGACAAACUACAACUGCAGAACAAAUUACAACUGCAGAUCAAAUAUCCACCGAUCCUCUUACUACAACUGCAGAACAAACAACAACAUUCAGUCAAACAACCACUAAAGCUCUUACUUCAACUGCAGUACAAACUUCAACUGUCGAUCAAACAACCACUGAAGCUCUAUCUUCUACUGAUGAACACACUACAAGAGUAGAUCAAACAACAACUGAAGCUCAAACUACAACUGAGGAACAAACAACAACAGAAGAUCAAAUAACCACUGAAGCUCUUACUUCAACUGCAGUACAAACUUCAACUGUCGAUCAAACAACCACAGAUGCACCAACUACAACUACUGAAAAAUCAACAACUGUAGAUCAAACAACCACCGAAGCUUUCACUACAACUGUAGAACAAUCAACAACUGUAGAUCAGACAACCACUGAAGCUCCAACUACAACUGCAGAACGAACAACAACAGUAGAUCAAACAACAACUAAAGCUCUAUCUUCUACUGAUGAACACACUACAAGAGUAGAUCAAACAACAACUGAAGCUCAAACUACAACUGAGGAACAAACAACAACAACAGAUCAAAUAACCACUGAAGCUCUAACUUCAACUGCAGUACAAACUUCAACUGUCGAUCAAACAACCACAGAUGCACCAACUACAACUACUGAAAAAUCAACAACUGUAGAUCAAACAACCACCGAAGCUUUCACUACAACUGUAGAACAAUCAACAACUGUAGAUCAAACAACCAUUGAGCCUCAUACUACCACUGUAGAACAAACUACAACAGUAGAUCAAAUAACCACUGAAGCUCUUACUUCAACUGAUGAACAAACAACAACAGUGAGUCAAACCACCGAGCAUCUUACUACAACUGAUAAACAAACCACAACAGUAGAUCAAACCACUUCCAAGCCUAUAACUACAACAGUAGAUCAAACAACCACUGAAGCUCAAACUACACCUGUAGAACAAUCAACAACAGUAGAUCAAACAACCACUGAAGCUCAAACUACAACUAUAGAACACACUUCAACUAUAGAUCAAACAACCACUGAAGCUUUAACUACAACUGUAGAACAAUCUACAACUGUAGAUCAGACAACCACUGAAGCUCCAACUACAACUGGUGAACAAACAACAACAGUAGAAAAAAAAACAACCACUGAAGCUCUUACUACAACUGCAGAACAAGCUACAACUGAGGAUCAAACAACCACUGAAGCUCUUACUACGACUGCAGGACAAACUACAACUGCAGAACAAAUAUCCACCGAUCUUCUUACUACAACUGCAGAACAAACAACAACAUUCAGUCAAACAACCACUAAAGCUCUUACUUCAACUGCAGUACAAACUUCAACUGUCGAUCAAACAACCACUGAAGCUCCAACUACAACUGCAGAACGAACAACAACAGUAGAUCAAACAACAACUGAAGCUCUAUCUUCUACUGAUGAACACACUACAAGAGUAGAUCAAACAACAACUGAAGCUCAAACUACAACUGAGGAACAAACAACAACAGUAGAUCAAAUAACCACUGAAGCUCUUACGUCAACUGCAGUACAAACUUCAACUGUCGAUCAAACAACCACAGAUGCACCAACUACAACUACUGAAAAAUCAACAACUGUAGAUCAAACAACCACCGAAGCUUUCACUACAACUGUAGAACAAUCAACAACUGUAGAUCAGACAACCACUGAAGCUCCAACUACAACUGCAGAACGAACAACAACAGUAGAUCAAACAACAACUGAAGCUCUAUCUUCUACUGAUGAACACACUACUAGAGUAGAUCAAACAACAACUGAAGCUCAAACUACAACUGAGGAACAAACAACAACAAGAGAUCAAAUAACCACUGAAGCUCUUACUUCAACUGCAGUACAAACUUCAACUGUCGAUCAAACAACCACAGAUGCACCAACUACAACUACUGAAAAAUCAUCAACUGUAGAUCAAACAACCACCGAAGCUUUCACUACAACUGUAGAACAAUCAACAACUGUAGAUCAAACAACCAUUGAGCCUCAUACUACCACUGUAGAACAAACUACAACAGUAGAUCAAAUAACCACUGAAGCUCUUACUUCAACUGAUGAACAAACAACAACAGUGAGUCAAACCACCGAGCAUCUUACUACAACUGAUAAACAAACCACAACAGUAGAUCAAACCACUUCCAAGCCUAUAACUACAACAGUAGAUCAAACAACCACUGAAGCUCAAACUACACCUGUAGAACAAUCAACAACAGUAGAUCAAACAACCACUGAAGCUCAAACUACAACUAUAGAACACACUUCAACUAUAGAUCAAACAACCACUGAAGCUUUAACUACAACUGUAGAACAAUCUACAACUGUAGAUCAGACAACCACUGAAGCUCCAACUACAACUGGUGAACAAACAACAACAGUAGAAAAAAAAACAACCACUGAAGCUCUUACUACAACUGCAGAACAAGCUACAACUGAGGAUCAAACAACCACUGAAGCUCUUACUACGACUGCAGGACAAACUACAACUGCAGAACAAAUAUCCACCGAUCUUCUUACUACAACUGCAGAACAAACAACAACAUUCAGUCAAACAACCACUAAAGCUCUUACUUCAACUGCAGUACAAACUUCAACUGUCGAUCAAACAACCACUGAAGCUCCAACUACAACUGCAGAACGAACAACAACAGUAGAUCAAACAACAACUGAAGCUCUAUCUUCUACUGAUGAACACACUACAAGAGUAGAUCAAACAACAACUGAAGCUCAAACUACAACUGAGGAACAAACAACAACAGUAGAUCAAAUAACCACUGAAGCUCUUACGUCAACUGCAGUACAAACUUCAACUGUCGAUCAAACAACCACAGAUGCACCAACUACAACUACUGAAAAAUCAACAACUGUAGGUCAAACAACCACCGAAGCUUUCACUACAACUGUAGAAAAAUCAACAACUGUAGAUCAAACAACCAUUGAGCCUCAUACUACCACUGUAGAACAAACGACAACAGUAGAUCAAACAACCACUGAAGCUCUUACUACAACUGAUGAACAAAUAACAACAGUGAGUCAAACCACUGAGGCUCUUACUACAACUGAUAAACAAACCACAACAGUAGAUCAAACCACUUCCGAGCCUAUAACUACAACAGUAGAUCAAACAACCACUGAAGCUAAAACUACACCUGUAGAACAAUCAACAACAGUAGAUCAAACAACCACUGAAGCUCAAACUACAACUAUAGAACACACUUCAACUGUAGAUCAAACAACCACUGAGCCUCAUACUACAACUGUAGAACAAACAACAACAGUGAGUCAAACAAACACUGAAGCUUUAACUACACCUGUAGAACAAUCAACAACAGUAGAUAAAACAACCACUGAAGCUAAAACCACAACUGCUGAACAAACUACAACAGUAGAGCAAACAACCACUGAAGCUUUCACUACAUCUGUAGAACAAUCAACAACAGUAGAUCAAACAACCACUGAAGCUCAAAGCACAACUGCUGAACAAACUACCAGAGUAGGUCAAACAACCAUCGAAACUAAAACAUUCACUACUGAAGUUGCUACCACAACAGAACAGGCUACAAUCACAACACAGACUGGAGCUACAGCAUCAGAACAAACUGUUACCACUGACAUUCUUACCACAACUGCACAGGCUACAGUCACAACACAGACUGGAACUACAGCAUCAGAACAUACUGUUACCACUGAAGUUCCUACCUCAACAGAACAAGCUACAAUCACAAAACAGACUGAAACUACAGCAUCAACACAAAAUUUUACCACUGACAUUCCUACCACGGCAGAACAGGCAACAAUCACAACACAGACUGAAACUACAGCAUCAGAACAAACUGUUACCACUGACAUUCCUACCACGGCAGAACAGGCAACAAUCACAACACAGACUGGAACUACAGCAUCAGAACAAACUGUUACCACUGAAGUUCAUACCACAACAGAACAGGCUACAAUCACAACACAGACUGGAACUACAGCAUCAGAACAAACAGUUACCACUGACGUUCCUACCACAUCAGAACAGGUAACAGUCACAACACAGACUGGAACUACAGCAUCAGCAAAAAAUGUUACCACUGAUGUUCCUACCACAUCAGAACAGGCUACAGUCACAACACAGACUGGAACUACAGCAUCAGAGCAAACUGUUUCCACUGACGUUCCUACCACAACAGAACAGGCUACAAUCACAACACAGACUGGAACUACAGCAUCAGAACAAACAGUUACCACUGACAUUCCUACCACAUCAGAACAGGUUACAGUCACAACACAGACUGGAACUACAGCAUCAGAACAAACAGUUACCACUGAUGUUCCUACCACAACAGAACAGGUUACAGUCACAACACAGACUGGAACUACAGCAUCAGCAAAAACUGUUACCACUGACGUUCCUACCACAACAGAACAGGCUACAAUCACAACACAGACUGGAACUACAGCAUCAGAACAAACAGUUACCACUGACGUUCCUUCCACAUCAGAACAGGUUACAGUAACAACACAGACUGGAACUACAGCAUCAGCAAAAACUGUUACCACUGAUGUUCCUACCACAACAGAACAAGUUACAGUCACAACACAGACUGGAACUACAGCAUCAGAACGAACUAUUACCACUGAAGUUCCUACCAUAACAGAACAGCAACUAACCACUACAGGAAUUCCCACUACAACUAAGCAACUAACCACUACAGGAAUUCCCACUACAACUGAGCAACUAACCACUACAGGAAUUCCCACUACAACUGAGGAACUAACCACUACAGGAAGUCUCACUACAUAUGAGCAACUAAACACUACAGGAAUGCCCACUACAACUGAGCAACUAACCACUACAGGAAUUCCCACUACAACUGCAGAACAGACUAUAGUUGAGACUACAGAAGCUACAACAGUUACUACAAAUACAACAGGAGUCUCUUUCCGAGUUUCAUUUGUAGACGAUGCAGCUUCUGACCCUUCUGUGUAUAACAAUCCAUCUUCUACAGAAUAUCAGAAUUUAUUGUCAGGGCUUAAAGAUAUUUUCAAGUCGGACCCAGGAUAUAAUGGAAUAUCAAUUCUGAAUAUAAGUGUUGUUAAUGGAACAAUAUUAGUGGAUUUUCGUGUGAAAACUAACAACACUGUAGACACAUCUCCACAAGGAGCUUAUGGACAAACAUUGCUGCAAUCCAUUAAGAACAAUGGCGGACUGUCUAUAGGUGGCAAUGUCAAGUUGAUACAAUCACCUCCUACUAUAUUGGUAACCGAUACAGGAGCCUUAACAGUUGAAGUUCCACUUGAUGACGCGUGCUUUCUCUAUGAUCAUCAGAAGACUUGUUUAAAUGGUGGCAAAUGUUUCGUCAAUGGAAAUAAUAAACCGGAGUGCAGGUGUACAACAGCUUACACAGGUAAUAAUUGUCAGACAGCAGCAGCAACCGAUGAUGAUUUAUUGAGAAUAGUUGUUCCAGUAGCGGCAGUAGCUGGUUUAUUAUUAGUUAUUGCAAUGGCGUGUUGUUGCUGGUGCCUUUGUGUAAGACGUAAGAAAUGGGAACCAGAAAAAGACGAAGAAACAAGUUCUGAAAUGUCAAUGGAUAAUCCAUUUGCUGGUGUAUUCUUACCAAGACUUAUUCCAGAUUAUAUGAGAUACCAAGGUUCACCUUUUGGGUUAGAUGAAUGUGGUGCAUCACCGUUAGCGCUCGGAUCUAACAAAGAACAAGAUAUGUCUUUAUGGGAGAUGCAUCUUAAUGAUGAAAUCCGACGAGCGUGAAAACGACGAAGUUAGUGCAUAUAGAGAAUGGGAUGUAAUGGACGGCGCCCGACCCGUAGAAAGCUUUUUGCGGCCUAAGACGGGGUUUUAGUUGCAAGCCGAAAAUCAAAGCAAACGACAAUCUAACUACAGCAAGGAUAUACAGAACAUAUUUUACUGAUAAAUGAGUCUCAUAAAGUCGGACUACUUAUUUCUGUGACCGGGAUGUGUUGUAGACAUCAGUAGUCUGACUGUGCGAUGCCUAAAGCUUUGGAAUCGAAUACUAGUAGUUUAUUCAGCAGAAGAUAUUUCGAUUUUAUAUACUAAUAUUAGAUACAUUGGUGUAAUAUUGUAUACCAAAGACUCUGAUACUGCGAAUGUGCUGGUCACAUAUAACUGCGUGUGUGUCAGAAAAAAUUCCAAGAUAAUAUUUUGCAGCCAUGGAAGGAUUAGCCAUUUAUAAGAACGCAGCAAAUGUUGCGUGGUAUGGUAGCCUUUUAGGUGACUGUCUGAAAAAAAAAAUACAUCUACAAGAAACAGAAACGAUGGAAGUCAGAUUUGCGCAUGACAAAUACUGAAGAGUUUGAUGUAUAAAAUAUGAUCUGAAGAAAAAUUAUUGUUCGUAAAAAUCAUAUAGGAAAUCACAGGAAUAUGUGUUGUUUCAAACAUUAAGCAAUGCAAUAUGUCAAAAGGUUUUUAUAUUUAAAUACUAAUCUUUUGUUCACCAUUUUGGUAUUUGACAAUUUAAAAUGUGUAAUGAAAUAUGGCAAGUUCAGCCAUAUAUCAAGCGUUAAGAUAAUUUUGUAAGAGAAAUUUAUAUUAGCUGUGUGGAAUAGCUUUAAAGAAUAUUGAUAUUAUAAUUUAUUUAUUUAAUUGUUUUUGUAUCGAUUAUAUUUUUAUAUCCUUCAUAUAUUAUAUAUGAAGACCAUAUGAAAUACAACUGUUUUGAAACAUAUAAAGCAAAACGAUGGAAACAAUACCGGAUCUAUCGUAAUAUGUAACAUGUUUGCAUUUGUCAUGGUCUUCAUUAUUUAAGUGUUCAUUGCGCUGGUCGCAUAAAAGUAUUUUACAUAUAUUUUUUUUAAUUAAAAAUAAAAUAUGA